UGUCAUCCCGUGAAAUGUGAAUGUGUAUAACCUGUAACGUGCACUGCAAUUUAAAUACGUAAAAAGGAAAAUAGAAAAGCAAAAGUAUUCUUUACUAGUUGUUGAAAGAAUCUAAACUCAAAACUUGUUGAAGGUACAAAAUUCAAGAUUUGAGCAUCUACAGAUCUUGUGUAAAUAAGUGAUGGCUGGGCGUUACAAUGAUAAUCCUUUUGCUGAUGAUGAACAAGUUAACCCUUUUUCGAACAAUGGAAGAGUUCCCGCUGCUAUAAACUCAAGUUCUUCUCCUCUUCCUCAUGAACCCGCUGGCUAUGAUCGUGAUGCAACGGUUGAUAUUCCUCUUGAUGGUUCAAAGGACCUGAAGAAGAAGGAGAAGGAACUCCAGGUUAAAGAGGCUGAACUGAAAAAAAGGGAACAGGAACUUAAAAGGAAGGAAGAUGCAAUAGCAAGAGCUGGUAUAGUUAUUGACAACAAGAAUUGGCCACCUUUCUUCCCCAUAAUUCAUCAUGAUAUCGCAAAUGAAAUUCCAAUCCAUCUACAGAAGUUGCAAUAUGUUGCAUUCACUACAUUGUUGGGUCUGGUAGCUUGUCUUGUAUGGAACCUUGUUGCUGUCACUUUAGCUUGGAUUAGAGGACAAGGUCCAACAAUCUGGCUGCUUGCUGUUAUCUAUUUAAUAUCAGGUGUCCCAGGAGCCUAUGUAUUGUGGUAUCGACCUCUCUAUCGUGCAAUGAGGACUGACAGUGCACUGAAGUUUGGGUGGUUUUUCUUAAGUUACGUGUUUCACAUUGGGUUCUGCAUCAUUGCUGCUGUGGCACCUCCAAUUUUCUUCAAGGGGAAAUCCUUGACUGGUAUCUUGCCUGCUAUUGAUCUUUUAGGCUGGCAUGCUUUGGUUGGGAUAUUCUACUUCAUUGGAGCUGCAUUCUUCUGUCUUGAAACACUGCUCAGCAUUUGGGUUAUACAGCAAGUCUACAUGUAUUUCCGGGGAAGUGGAAAGGCUGCAGAGAUGAAGAAAGAGGCUGCAAGGUCGACUAUGAUGGCAGCCAUAUGACAUUAUUGUAGGUUGUGAAGAUAUGCAGUUUUGGUCGUCGGGUUUGUUAAAUUCUUUGAUUGCUUUUCUCUGGACACACUCGAGUGAUGCAAAUGUAAUUCUGGAGUACAUAGUGAUAUAUAAUCACAGAGCAUUGGACAAAUUUGAUGUCAAUGAGUAACAUUAGCCCUUUCUUUUUGGACUAGCCUGAUGUUAUCGAAAUUCAUUUAAAUGCUUCACAGUUUCCUA